AUGGCGACCGAUGAGAGGCGAUCAAAUCUCAGGUUGCUCAGGACGUCAUUGAUUCUGGACCAAGGCGACACACGCACCACUCUCCAUGGAGACUGUCUCAGACUGUGUACCUACAACGCUAGAACAGUUUCCACAGACGCUGACCUGCAUGUCCUUCUCGGAGCUGCAGAGCGAAUCAAAUUUCACGUGAUUGCUCUACAGGAGACUAAGUGCAGAAGGAGUGACGUACGAGAGAUGAAUGACGGUACACUUGUCAUUCGUGGAGAGAACGUUCCGUCGCGAAAUGUAGGCGGUGUUGGUUUUGUUGUGCACCCAUCUGUCGUCCAUCUUGUCGAUUCUCACGAAAUCCUGUCACCUCGUCUGGCCAUUCUUCGCCUCCGCCCUCUGCGCCAAAAACCCAUCAGUAUCAUCAACUGCUACUCACCAACAUCAGCAGCUGAUGAAUCCGAAUUGGACGCGUUUUACGAGGAGCUAGAGGAAGUAGUCCGCAACGGAGUCCUUCUACAAAUUCGUUGUCGGAGACUUCAACGCAAAUCUAGGAAAGGCCACAGAAGAGGAAUACAGGAUUGGAAGAUUUGGACUAGGGGACCGGAAUGA